CGUGCGCAGUGCAAGGAGCAUUCGGGAAGGGUCCUUGUUGCCGGGUCCGUCCGCUUUUCUCUGGAAAGAAAUUCCCGACUCAGGUGCUGCCCAUUUUUUCUGCUGCCUCCUGCUCUUGUCUGCUCCUGCUUUCAGCAUGGUAAAGAAGAAUACUAUCCCUGAAGGAUGGCGGAAUGUAUCACCAGUUGGACAACCUAUACCAGGAACUCGAUUCAUUGCUUUCAAAGUACCCUUGAAAGGGGCAAUCAACCACCGACUGACACCAACUCAAAAGUUUACACCAAAAGAUCUGAUUGCUGCAGUAAAAGCUCUAAAUAUGGAGCUUGGCUUAAUUAUUGAUUUAACAUAUACAACAAGAUAUUAUGAUGUUAAGGAUUUGCCUAAAAGUAUGGAGUAUAAGAAACUUUUUACUGUUGGACUUGAAGUCCCAGAUGAUCCUACUAUUCUACAAUUUAAAAAAUGGGUCAGAAAAUUCCUAUGGGAAAAUGCAGAAAAUGACAAACUCAUUGGAGUACACUGUACUAAUGGAAUUAACAGAACAGGUUACCUUAUAUGUAGAUAUCUUAUUGACGUUGAAGGAUGGGAUCCUGAAACAGCAAUCCAAGCUUUUGGGGAGGCUCGUGGUCACCAUAUGGAUGGUAAUAUAUAUCUGACAGAUCUCAAAACUCAACCAAUGAGAAGCAAUCUAGGAAUGAACUUGUGGGAUGCUGAUGGAGAUACUGUGCCACCACCAAAUGAUAUGGAUGGUCAUAUUGAUAGAUUUCCACAUGAAGAAUUUCCUAGGCCUGGGAAAAGAUUAAGAGUUUAUGAUGAUGACCACAGUGACUUACCAGAACAGAUCCGAUUGAGAGAGUUUGACUUUAUUAAUAAGGGUCCAGGGCAACGGCGCAAGCCAUAUCAUGAUCACGAGUUUCAAGAUGAUUUGCAGCCACUCGUACAAAUGAGGCAAAGACGUUUUCCUGACCAUCCAUUUUAUGAUGGCUACCAAGAAGAAAUGCAGCUGAAAGAUUUAGACUUUGCCACCAGAGGAUCAGGACAAAGACUAAGACCUUUCCAUGAUCGCCAGCUUUGUGAUGACUUUCCAGAAAGUGCACCACCAGAAGACAUUGUUAAUAUGGGCCAUGGACAGAGACAAAGACAUUUUCCUGACAUUCCUCCUCACAAUGAUAUGUUAAUAGAUUCGCAGCCCAACCGGGGCCGUGGACAAAGACGAAGACCAUUUUAUGACCCACAGUCUAAUGAUGAAUUUCAGCCACAUAUGCAGCUAAAAGAUUUUGCUUUCCUCAACAAGAGACCUGUGCAACGGAUGAGACCAUUUCAAGACUGUCCCCCUCACGAUGAUAUGCAACCACCUGUGGGAGACUUCGAGUUUGUUAGCAGGGGCCAUGGACAAAGAAUGAUACCUUUGCUUGAUCACCAGCAUCACAAUGAUUCACAAAGAGAGAUGCCACUAGAAGAUUUUGAUGAGAGAGAUUCUGAAUCAAGGUGUAGACCAUUCCAUGACCAUUUCAGUGAGCAGCCAGAAUUGAAUGAUUUUCUAAACAGGGGAUCUGAACAAAGGAUGAGAUCUUUUAAUGACCAUUCAAGCCAUGAUAACAUGCCAUAUGAAGGUUAUUUAGAAAGAGGUCGUCCUUUUCCUUCUCAUGAGCACUUCCCAGAAUCCUCCUUACUUCACAGAGAUUAUGGCUCUGAUAAAGAUGACUAUAAUAGAAAUUGCAGGCCUGAUUAUCCUGAAGAUUACAAGAGAAUCCACCCUUCAGAUGAAAUUAACAGAGGAGGGAAAACUAGAUUUGCACCCUAUUCCUCACGCCCAAUACACCCUUCAUCUACGUACCAAGAUGUUAAUUCAGUUUCAGUGGACCGUGGGAGGGAAUCUCAGCAUGAAAUUACGAGGGAGAUGGGUCAAGGGAAAAGAUUACCAGUUGUAACAAUUGAUUACAAUUAUGGUUUACCUUUAGACUAUGCAUCUGAGGAGGAAGAUAGAACACAUUAUGAUUUACAUCCAAGAGAACGCUACAUUUGGAAAUGAACCAGAUUCAGGUGUGCAUGCACGUUUCACUCAUUUUCCUUUGUGUGCGGACCAAACCUUUUCCCAUACUGGAGGUGCAUAUCUUUUAAAAUUACAAAACUAGUAUCUGUAAUAAGAUAACAUUCCACAAUUGUGUGUGUGUGUGUGUUUUAAAAAAACCAUUUAGAUAGUGGGUGCAUUUGUUAAGUGAACAUGGAGACAAACGUCCAACUUAUGUGAAAGAAAAAUUUGUGGUUACUUUUCGUGAAAUUGGAACGCCAUUGCAAAGGCACAACAGAAGCUGUGUUCUCUGUUUCCCCAUUUUAUAAUGUAUAUAACUAUAUCAACUUACAAAACUUGUAAUAAAAAUGUAAAGGCUGCUCUCAAUCAAGUUUUACUAUGAAGUAGAGUAGGCUUUGAAAGUAAGCAAAAAGAAUGUGAUGUAAAUUUGAAAAUAAACUAUAUACAGUAA